UCUCUCUCCAGGGUCUGGAAUGAUGCUGUUGCCGAAUCCUCAGUCGUUUCUCCCCCUUUGCGAUGGAGUGGGACUGAGUCAGGGCCCAAUUGCCUUUGAGGACGUGGCUGUGGAUUUCUCCCUGGAGGAGUGGGUUCUCCUGAAUCCGGACCAGAAAGCCUUGCACAAGCAGGUCAUGGAGGAGAUGAAUGGGAUUGUGGCCUCUCUCGUAGAUAACGGGGAGAAGAGCCAUGUAUGCACCAAGUACAGGAAGCAUUUGGGACACAACUGGGCCUUUCGUCGAGACCAGCAAGCCCACAGAGAAGAUGGAGGUUCUGCCAGAGAAAGGCCCGACAAAUGCAAUGUAUGUGGGCAGUGUUUUACCCAAAAUAUGGCACUUGUGCUUCACAAGACACUUGAUGUUGGGAAAAGCCAUCUUAAAGGGAAAGUAUCUGCAAAAUGUGUGGUGAAACACAAGAAAUUUCACAUGGGUCAGGAACCAUACAGAUGCCAGGAGUGUGGGAAGUGUUUUGUUUCCAGUUCAGCCUUGGUGAGGCUCAAAAGAAUCCACACAGGAGAGAAGCCACACCAAUGCCAGGAGUGUGGGAAAUGUUUUACUGCCAGUUCAGACUUGGUGAAACACAAAAGACUCCACACAGGAGAGAAGCCAUACCAGUGCCAGGAGUGUGGGAAAUGUUUUGCUUGCAGUUCAACCUUGGUGGGCCACAAAAGACUCCACACAGGAGAAAAGCCAUACCAAUGCCAGGAGUGUGGGAAAUGUUUUACUGACAGUUCAGCCUUGUUGAUCCACAAAAGAGUCCACACCAGGGAGAAGCCAUACAAAUGUGAGGAGUGUGGGAAAUGUUCUGUUUCCCAUUCAGACUUGUUGAAGCACAAAAGACUCCAUACAGGAGAGAAGCCAUACAAAUGCCAGGAGUGUGGGAAAUGUUUUGCUUACAGUUCACACUUGGUGAAACACAAAAGAGUCCACACGAGGGAGAAGCCAUACGAAUGCCAGGAGUGUGGGAAAUGUUUUGCUUUCAGUUCAGCCUUGGUGAGGCACAAAAGACUCCACACAGGAGAAAAGCCAUACCAAUGCCAGGAGUGUGGGAAAUGUUUUACUGACAGUUCAGCCUUGUUGAUCCACAAAAGAGUCCACACCAGGGAGAAGCCAUACAAAUGUGAGGAGUGUGGGAAAUGUUCUGUUUCCCAUUCAGACUUGGUGAAACACAAAAGACUCCACACAGGAGAGAAGCCAUACAAAUGCCAGGAGUGUGGGAAAUGUUUUGCUGACAGUUCAAACUUGAUGAGCCACAAAAGACUCCACACAGGAGAGAAGCCACACCAAUGCCAGGAGUGUGGGAAAUGUUUUGCUUACAGUUCACACUUGGUGAAACACAAAAGAGUCCACACGAGGGAGAAGCCAUACGAAUGCCAGGAGUGUGGGAAAUGUUUUGCUUUCAGUUCAGCCUUGGUGAGGCACAAAAGACUCCACACAGGAGAGAAGCCACACCAAUGUCAGGAGUGUGGGAAAUGUUUUGCUUUCAGUUCAGCCUUGGUGAGGCACAAAAGACUCCACACAGGAGAGAAGCCAUACAAAUGCCAGGAGUGUGGGAAAUGUUUUGCUUCCAUUUCAGACUUGGUGAGGCACAAAAGAAGCCACACAGGAGAGAAGCCAUACAAAUGCCAGGAGUGUGGGAAAUGUUUUGCUUUCAGUUCAGCCUUGGUGAGGCACAAAAGAAGCCACACAGGAGAGAAGCCAUACAAAUGCCAGGAGUGUGGGAAAUGUUUUGCUUCCAUUUCAGACUUGGUGAGGCACAAAAGACUCCACACAGGAGAGAAGCCAUACAAAUGCCAGGAGUGUGGGAAAUGUUUUGCUUUCAGUUCAGCCUUGGUGAGGCACAAAAGAAGCCACACAGGAGAGAAGCCAUACAAAUGCCCUGAAUGUGGAAAAUGGAAAGUAUCUGCAAAAUGUGUGGUGAAACACAAGAAAUUUCACAUGGGUCAGGAACCAUACAGAUGCCAAGAGUGUGGGAAGUGUUUUGCUUUCAGUUCAGCCUUGGUGAGGCUCAAAAGACACCACACAGGAGAGAAGCCAUACCAGUGCCAGGAGUGUGGGAAAUGUUUUGCUUUCAGUUCAAACUUGAUGAGGCACAAAAGACUCCACACAGGAGAGAAGCCAUACCAGUGCCAGGAGUGUGGGAAAUGUUUUGCUUUCAGUUCAAACUUGGUGAGCCACAAAAGACUCCACACAGGAGAGAAGCCAUACAAAUGCCAGGAGUGUGGGAAAUGUUUUGCUGACAGCUCAACCUUGGUGAAACAGAAAAGAGUCCACACGAGGGAGAAGCCAUACAAAUGUGAGGAGUGUGGGAAAUGUUUUACUACCAGUUCAGCCUUGGUGAGGCACAAAAGACUCCACACAGGAGAGAAGCCAUACCAAUGCCAGGAGUGUGGGAAAUGUUUUACUGCCAGUUCAGACUUGGUGAAACACAAAAGACUCCACACAGGAGAGAAGCCAUACCAAUGCCAGGAGUGUGGGAAAUGUUUUGCUUCCAGUUCAGCCUUGGUGAAACACAAAAGACUCCAAACAGGAGAGAAGCCAUACCAAUGCCAGGAGUGUUGGAAAUGUUUUGCUUCCAGUUCAGCCUUGGUGAAACACAAAAGACUCCAAACAGGAGAGAAGCCAUACCAAUGCCAGGAGUGUGGGAAAUGUUUUGCUUCCAGUUCAGCCUUGGUGAAACACAAAAGACUCCAAACAGGAGAGAAGCCAUACAAAUGCCAUGAAUGUGGAAAAUGUUUUACUCAGAGUUCAUCUCUUAACCAGCACCAGAGAAUACAUACAGGCUAAAAAACAGCCAUUGUGGGAAAAUGUCUGAUUUCAAACAGGACCCUUUGAGAAGUUCUGCGUCAGAUUUGGUGGAGUCCCGUUCUUGUCAUUUGAACCUGUAAGUUGGAGGUCCUGUUCUCUGGAGCAGCAGAAAGCAAGCUCUGUGUGACAAUCCUUCAGAGCAGUGGUUCUCAACCUGUGGGUCCCCAGAUGUUUUGGCCUUCAACUUCCAUAAAUCCUAACAGCUGGUAAACUGGCUCUGAUUUCUGGGAGUUGUAGGCCAAAACACCCGGGCACCCACAGGUUGAGGACCACUGCUUCAGAGAGUUAAAUAUGAUUGUCUUGUCCCCUCGCCUGAAAAGAAAUAAACCAUAUGUGAUUCCA